AUAACCUACCAAUAAUUGUAACCUACAGUACAUGUUACCCAUUGUGCCCUCAUGCCUUGUACGACUGAUCAGAAAUGAUGAGGAAAAUUGAUUUUAUAUUUAAAUUUGCUAGAAACAAGGGUGUAAAUUAUUCUCAGAAGCGCUGGAAAAACGGGCCUAACCAUUGGUCUGUGUUAUUAAAAAAGAAAUCAGCCUCAGACAAAGCCCUUGAACACUUUGAUGAUUUUUACAAAAAUGUGUUUAACAAAGCCUGGCCGUCUGUCCGAGUCGCCCUUCUAUCUCAAAAUAAGCAUAUCGCCGUCGUUAACAACUUCAGCGAUACAGAAAACAUAAUCCCAUCCUUGGAGAAUCUCGGUGCAAUCAACAUUAAAAAAUUAUUUGAAAUCGAAGCAGAAAGAAUCAAGUCAGAAGGCCAUAAAAGGAGAAGACGAAGCAGAACGAGGCCACAAAAUGAAAAUCUAGAAAUGAAAAUGGAAAAGAUCAGCGAGGAGAAAUUAGAUGAAGAAUUAAGCAGUAUAUACCCAGAAGUUCCUGAAGUGAAAGAUGAAACUCGUUCAGUACAAGUCGAUGAUGAUAAUAGACUCAUUGAUCCAGAAGUUGGAAAACUAUCGGGAUCACUCUAUGAAUUUGUUCCAACGUCCCGGCUUAAAGGGAAAGAAGACUGGGUUUUAGAGUCUCAACAUUAUCAAUAUUAUGAAAGUGGUACUGAUUUCCCUAUUAGAAUUAUCGAACAAGAAAAUAUUACUUUUCCACCUCACCUAUCAGUCUAUACGUUUGAAACUGGGAACAUUUCAAAGUUUCCUAUGAGCAAAAAAGGAGACACAGGAGUAUCAGAUUAUUAUCUGCUUGACGGUGGUUCACUUCUUCCCGUUUUGGCUCUGGGGCUUAGGCCUGGUGACUGUGUCUUGGAUAUGUGUUCCAGCCCAGGGGGAAAAUCAUUCCUCUGCUUGCAGACGCUUAACAUUAGCAAAUUAGUGGCAAAUGAUGUAAGUGUUUCACGUCUCAAUAGAGUAAGAAGAGUUAUGCAAGAAUUCUUCUACGAUUUUCAUAAGAAAUUGGAAAAUGGAGAAUUGGAGCUGUCUUGUAGCGACGGACGAGAUUUAGAUAGCAAAAAUAUUUUUGACAAGAUAUUGGUUGAUGCCCCUUGUACAAAUGAUAGGCAUUCACUUUCAGACCCUGACAAUAAUAUAUUCAAACCAGCCAGGAUAAAAGAGAGAAUCAAAAUUCCUGAAGUCCAGUCAGAACUAUUAACAUCAGCACUAAAACUUGUAAAAAAAGGUGGAACAGUUGUUUAUUCGACAUGCUCACUUUCUCCGAUUCAAAAUGAUGGCGUUGUACACAUGGCGUUGAAAAAAAUCUGGGAAGAUACUGAUUACAAAAUAGCUGUUGUCGAUAUGAGACGGGCUUUAGAACCGACAGAAAUAAUGUAUAAGUACAGUCACAACAUUGGUCUACGGUACGGACAUCUUGUCAUUCCCUAUCUACCUUGUAACUUCGGACCGAUGUAUUUCUGUAAGUUUAUUAAAGUGGGUUAGUUUGUUUUAUUCUGUAUAAUUUGGAUUAAACAAUAAAGAAAAUGUUAAUAUAUUUGUUUUUAGAAGUUUAUUUGUCUGUUGAGUCUAGUUUUAACUUAAUGAAUUUAAAGUUUAUAAUCUUAAAAGUUAAAAUUAUCUUCAGAGUUUUGUUGGCUGUUUGACCUUAAACAUAAACGUUUUAUUUUUGAUUGUCAUGGAAUGAUUAUUAUGCUCAGAAUUGAAAAUUUUACUUAAAUUUCCAUUUUGAUGAGAGAAAAUGAAGAAUUAAACUCAUUUUUCGGCUAUUUCUCUUGAAAUGACAUUUUUACAGUGAGUUAUAAUUGUAAAAGAAUCAUUGAAAAUUUUACUUUCUUUGGUUUGGACAAUUUUUUUCCUCUACAGUUUAUUUUAACGUUAAACCUGUUUUUAACAGAAACAGUUGAAUGUCCAUUUGUACAAAAAUUCAGGUAAAUAUAAUAAAUGAAAAAAGAGAUUAGGUCUAUAAGUCAUAUGCUAUAUUUUUAUGUCACUGUUGUAAAUUUCAACUUUCACAGCAAAAAUUAUUGUUUGAGUGUUGUCUUUAAGUCAACAAUGGAAACGGGGCUUCAAGCCAUUUUAUUUUAAAGAUACAAAUAGCGCUUUAGGACCCCACAUGAGCCCUCUCGUCAUAUUUAUGUAUUAUAUAUGUAAAUAAAGAGUAAAAAAUGUUUAAAA